GGUAUGCCCGCUUUUAAAUUAUGCACGUGCUAGCGGUGUUGCACUUUGUACAGCCACAAAAACAGUUGUUACCAAUAACCACUAGCAGCACAGCAGAAUAUUGUUCACUACUGUUUUCGUACAGCUCGUCGGGUGUACGUACGAAAUUUUUUUAAUAUAUAUUAUUAAAUUUCUUUUUUUUUUGGGGUACAAAAGGCUGUUAUCCUUAGAAGCGAAUCCUUCGGUUGGGCCCACCUCGACCCUCAGCCGCCGGCGGGGAGCUCUAUAAAAAAUCCAUAUCACCCGGUCGCCGCUGCCUUGCUCGCGGUCUUUUCCAACCACCAUCCGCCGAUCCACAGCCACCCCACACCAGUUCCCGAGCAGAGCGAGCGCCCCAUGCCGCGUGCCACGGCGAGCCUCCGCCUGCAGGCAGCGGCGUCGUCCACCUCCACCGCGACCCCAAGAGAGCAGCAGGCGUCGUCCUCAUCCUCGUCAUGGCCUGUUCCACCACCGCUUCCCCAGCAGCCGGCGGUGUCGGUGAACUCCGACACGGUGAUGAUCCUGGCGUCCUUCCUGUGCGCGCUCGUCUGCGUGCUCGGCCUCGCCCUCGUCUCCCGCUGCACCUGCCGCCCCGCCUCGUCCUCCACCGCCACGGGGAUCCCGCAGCAGGCGAGGCCUCCGAAAGGACUCAAGAAGAAGGCCAUCGACGCGCUGCCCACCGCGCCAUUCACCGCUGCCGCCUCCUCCGACUGCGCCAUCUGCCUCGACGAGUUCUCCGACGGCGACGCGCUGCGCGUGCUCCCCCGCUGCGGCCACGCCUUCCACGUCGCAUGCGUCGACGCCUGGCUCCGCACGCGCGCCACCUGCCCCUCCUGCCGCGCCGGAAUCGUCAUCGCCCACCAGCCGCUCAUGGCCGCAAGUCUGUCUCCUGGAUAUCUUGACCCGUCCGUCGUCUCUAUCUAGCUAGCUGUUAAAAUACCCAAUCCUUUGCUCCCUCCUUGUAAAUUACUUUUGCAAACCUUUUGUUUUAUUUUAACUGUAAAUAUUUGAAGAAUAUAUAUAUUAAUGCUCGACGGCAUGUCGAUUUCAGUGCUUAAUUAGGAGUGGAAUUCUGUAAAGAAUGUUUUGGUGCGAAAAGGAAGGAAACCAACUUUCUUCA